UAUUUAAAAAUAAGCCUUGAGUCACCAAGGAAUAAAAAGCUCAAGGCAACUUUGUAGUAAGAUUAUCCAGAGCUUACUAAAAUGAGUCAGAGCAACACACCAGCAUCAAAUACAAACAUAUUAGCAAAUUGUAACAGCAAACAUAAAUCCCUUUUAUUUGUCAGCACCUUCCAAGACCCUCAUGCCACCUUACAUAGCUAAAUGUAAGCAACAUUGGAGAGGAAUGACUGUGAAACCCUCUAACUGUUUCGGACAUGGAGUGAGAUGUCUGCUGGUAAAAGUAGGUCAUUUAAGUUGAGGGACAAAAUCAGCUGAGAAACACAGUAGUACAGCUGCUCUCCUAAAAACAGACAGGAAGGCAAGGUAGUCCUGCUAAAUGAGACCAGGUGAUGUGUCGGUAUCUCAGGAAUGCCUGACACAGACUGCCGUGUUUCAGCACACAGGAGGAGGAGGAGAGAGGAAGGAGAGCUCGGUGGAACUUGUGCUAACUCGUCGACUCUGGGCAGGAAGGAUAGAAUCAGGGGCUCAGAGCAGAGAAAAGACAGAACAUUACAUGUAACCCCAGCUGUUAUUUGGUUGUUGUUGGUGUUAACGUGGAGCACAAGCCGCGAAACAUGCCCGAGGGGAGUGAGUUGUGAGGCGGUCUUACAGCAAGAGAAAGAGUAUUAGUGCAUACUUCAGCCACCUGAAGAUGUUUGGUGGUCGGAAAGAGAUGGACAUUCUGAAGAAGGAGCUUGAAGAGGAGCUGAAGCUGAGCACUGAGGAUCUGAGGAGCCAUGCCUGGUACCACGGAUCGCUGAGACGAGAGGCUGCAGAGACUCUGUUCGAGAGGGACGGGGACUUCCUGGUCCGAGACUCAUCCUCCACUCCUGGAGACUAUGUUCUAAGCUGUUUCUGGAAGAAUGGUCCGCACCACUUUAAGAUCAUAAAAGUAGUUCUGCGGCCUAAAAAGGGUUACUCCCGGGAGUUGUUCCAGUUUGAGGAAGAUCGCUUCGACAACGUUCCCGCUCUGAUCCGAUUUUAUGUGGGCGGAAAUCGACCCAUCUCAAAGACUUCAGGGGCCAUCAUCUCCCACCCGAUCAAUCGGACCAUUCCCCUGCGUGUCAUCAGUGAGGGUCACAUGGAGCUUAAAAACAGCAGCAGCAACACCAUUGGCAGAGCGAGGGAAAACCAAGCUGGGAGCAACAAAAGGCGCAGCCUGAGCUACUCCCAACAGGACACGCUGCAGGUCAUCAAUCCACUGCUAAGGAGUGGAAGCCAGCCUGCUAACUUGGAAAAUGUUGGACGAAGGCCUUCACUUCAGUCUGCGCAGUCUGACAGCAAUCUGCGAACUGGUGCUCCAGAGACAAUCCCACCAGACGACACAGACUCCGACCCCAUUUCUCCUGUAUUUCGCACAGGCAGCGAACCCCUGCUGAGCCCAAGACCACAUCAUACGCGCCCCUCCCAUCCAGGUGGUGGUGCAACGUUGCGAGGUUCAGAUGGGCAGCUGCAUCCCAGAGCUCCUCCCAAACCCCUCAGGGUCUCCACCGUCUUCUCCAACGCCUCGCCUCUUCCUUCCACAGACCCAGAUGAAGACCCCUCAUCGUACUACAGUGAGCUCAUCAUACGGGUCCCUCAGUCUCAGAGGAAGGGCCAUGUGGACCGGCUGCGUGCGGAGGAGAAGUGGCAGAGCCGAGCUCGCCUCACAGAGACUUCCUUUGGGUUCUUGGAGGCCCAGAACAACGGACCGUCCUCACAGCUGCUGUUUCAGAAAAAGCUCCAGAUGAAAGCAGCAGAGGAAGAGAGAGACUGGCAUUUUGAACGACCACAUAUUGAGACGUCAUCCUGUUUCCAGUUGGACCAGUUCACCUCGCUGCUCUUGCCGGAUCACAACAGGCCUUUGGAGUCGAAUGUUUUGCUCGCUGUCAAAGAGCUCUUCAGCAGAUCAGACACCAAAACUCUUGCUCUGCACAUGCUCAGUGUUGACUGUCAGGUAGCACGCAUUGUUGGUGUGACUGAUGAGCAAAAGAGGAUUAUGGGAGUGAAUUCUGGACUGGAGCUUGUUACUCUGCCACAUGGGCAUCAGUUACGGCAGGACUUGCUGGAAAGGCAUCAUCUGAUAACGUUUGGCGUGGCAGUAGACAUACUGGGCUGCACAGGAACGGUGAACCAGAGAGCGACGGUUCUGCACAAAGUAAUCCUGUUGGCUCAGGCCCUGAAAGAACAUGUGUACAACCUUUUCUCCUUCUCAGCUGUAAUGAAAGCUCUGGAGAUGACUCAGAUUGUGCGGCUGGAGAUGACAUGGCGAGCUCUCAGGAGGAACCACACAGAGUGUGCAGUUUUGUAUGAGAAGAAACUCAGACCUUUCAUGAAUUCAUUGAAUGAAGGAAAUGAUUCUGUAGUCCAGGGUCCCAUUGCUGUGCCACACCUGGUUCCUCUUCUCAUGCUGAUGGAGGGAGAGGAUCCAGUGGAAAACAAUGAGCGGGGCUGCCAAGUGCUGUAUGAUGUCCUCCAAUCAGCUCGCAGUGCUGCGUUACACGCCCAGGAAUACGAGAAAAAUGCGCAGACCCUGCUCACAGCAGACUGGACUCCAGUCCCGGAACUGCUGGAGACCUUCCGGACUGAGUUCGCCCUGCGAUUGUUCUGGGGGCAGCAGGGGGCGGCCGCAGACAAAAAGGAGCGAUAUGAGAAGUUUGACAAGGUCCUUUGUGUUCUCUCUGAUAAACUGGAACCUGUGGAAGUCUCUCCACAACAAGCAGGCACUUUAACCUGAACCAGUUACUCCACAAGGAAGCUGGCAACUGGACCUCCUCAUCAGUGGAACGCAUCAGUGACCCUUGCUGUGUUCAGAAAUGGAGAAUAUUGGAGCAGAGAUGAAGGACUCUGUAAAGUUUGUCAGAUGACUACUUAAUUUUAUCUGGAGUUUAUCUAUGAGCAGACUCUCUCACUGUGAAAAGAUUUUGAGUAUUCUUUUCGUUAACAGGAAGUAUGAAAAAGAUUUAUCAAAAACUUUUUUAUUACUUUAGGUUUUAAUUGAGCAACUUCAACAUUUUCCUGCUGAGCUGUUUGUUCCAUUCAUCGUUGAAUGGUUGUUUUAUGGACUUUAUUGUAAAUAAUGUUUUUAAUUACAGAAUGUACAAUUCAAUAAAAUGCUUUACUUUAAAA